AAGGGCCGUUGUGUUGCAGACAAGAAGAUGAUCACCUUCCUGGACGACCUGAAUAUGCCGGUGAAGGAGAUCUACGGCGCGCAGCCACCCCUCGAGCUGAUUCGCCAGUGGAUCGGCUACGGCUUCUGGUACGACCGCAAGAAGCAGGUCCGGAAGUACGUCAAGGAAAUGAUCCUAAUGGCGGCGAUGGGCCCCCCUGGCGGAGGGCGCACUGUCAUCACAGACAGACUGAUGACGUGCUUCAACAUCAUCAACAUUACGUUCCCCAGCGAAGGCCAAAUUCUUCGGAUUUUUGGAACAAUGCUAACGCAGCAGUUGGCGGAUUUUGAAAGCGAAGCAAAAUAUGUUGGGCCAAAAAUUACACAAGCUACACUUGAUAUUUACAAUGCUGUUAUAGCAAACAUGCUGCCCACACCUGAUAAGAUACAUUAUUUAUUUAAUCUACGUGAUAUUUCUAAAGUUUUUCAAGGUUUGCUACGUAGCAACAACAAACAACAAUACACGAAGGAGCAGAUGCUCAGAUUGUGGAUCCACGAGUGCUUCCGAGUGUUUUACGACCGCCUGAUCAACGCCAAAGAUCAAGAAUGGUUUCUUGGAGCUUUGAGUGCCCAAUUAGGACUCCAGUUCGAGCUGACGUUUAAUGGCGUAUGCCCAGAAAAAGAAUCACCUGUUUUCGUUGAUUUUAUGAAUCCAUUUGCGAUAUACGAGGACAUUCAAGAUAUACCCAAGUUGCGGCAACAUCUCGAACACCAAAUGGGUGAAUACAACGAAUCCCCUGGCGUCGUUCCCAUCGACUUGGUUUUGUUCAAGGACGCUAUCCUGCACAUCUGUCGAAUAGUGCGGGUGAUAUCGCAGCCGCGAGGGAACAUGCUGGUGGUGGGCAUGGGUGGCAGUGGCAGACAGUCUCUAUCACGGAUAGCUGGUUAUCUCUGCGAGUACAGAAACUUUAGCAUUGAAGUUACCAAAUCGUACCGCGUCCAAGAAUUUAAAGAUGAUCUAAAAGAUUUAUACAAUAAAGCAGGCGUUGAAUUGAAACCUAUGGCCUUCAUUUUUAGUGACACUCAGGUUACAGAAGAAGCUUUCAUGGAAAUUAUAAAUAACAUGUUAAGCAGCGGAGAAGUUCCAAACUUGUACAAACCUGAGGAAUUUGAGGAAAUAAAGAAUAAAUUGAGCAACGCUGUGGCAAAGGCUGGACUCAUGCAAACAACGGAAGCCGUGUUUUCGUUUUUCAUCGAGCGCGUGAGAUCGAAUCUGCACAUUGUUCUCUGUAUGAGUCCCAUUGGAGAAGCAUUCAGGGUUCGCGUUCGACAGUACCCUGGCCUAGUCAACUGCACGACCAUCGACUGGUUCCACGAAUGGCCGGUGGAGGCGCUGCUGGAGGUGGCCGAGAAGUACUUGAUAGACAUCAAUUUCCUGGCGGAAAUCAACGAAUCUGAAGCGACGACGGCUGAAAGGGAAGGAAGACUUGAAUACCAGGAUGCUCAGCGAUUACUUCGAACGUCCGUUGCAAAGAUUUUCGCUACAGUCCAUCACUCUGUAUCGGACUGUUCAAAUGAGAUGCGUAGGCAGAUGAAAAGGCAUAACUAUGUAACUCCUGUGAACUACUUGGAGUUGGUGGUGGGAUACAAAAGUAUGCUCGCAGAAAAGAGACAUUCGGUCAAGUUGUCCGCAGACAAACUUCGCAAUGGUCUAUUUAAAAUCGAUGAAACGAGAGCAAAAGUGCAAGUCAUGUCAGUGGAAUUGUUGGAUGCUCAGAAGCAAGUUGCUGAAUUCCAACAGCAGUGUGAUGAUGUGCUCGUGAAAAUUACGCAACAGAAGCACGAGGCUGAUGUGACCCAGAAAGAAGUAUCUGCAAGUAAGAUAAAAAUCUUAGAAGAAGAAGCGGUGUGUAAGAAGCUGGCUGCCGUUGCUCAGGCAGAUUUAGACCAGGCGAUGCCCGCGCUUGAAGAGGCCAUGCGGGCGCUGGACUCGCUGAACAAGCGCGACAUGACGGAGGUGAAGUCGUACGGGCGGCCGCCGCCCAAGGUGGAGAUGGUGAUGGAGGCCGUGAUGAUCCUGAAGCAGGCCGACCCCACGUGGGCCGAGGCCAAGCGCCAGCUGGGGCAGACCAACUUCCUCGACCAGCUUCGAGAAUUUGAUAAAGAUAACAUUUCGGAAAAAACUCUAAAGAAGAUAGCGGUGUACACUGCCAAUCCGGAGUUCGAACCGGAAAAGGUCGGCAUCGUGACGGCGGCGCUGCGCCUCAAGCAGAAGCUGCUGGCGGAGGCCGAGGCGAAGCUCAAAGAGCUGACGGACCUCUUGGCCAAGCUGGAGAAGGAGUACGAGGAGAAGCAGCUGCAGAAGGAGGAGCUGCGCAAGAAGGCCGAGCUGCUCAUGGCCAAGUUGCAGCGCGCGCGCGCCCUCGUGGACGGGCUGUCGGGCGAGCGCUCGCGCUGGGAGGCCACCAUCCUGUCGCUGGAGGCCGAGUACAGGGGCCUGCCGGGCGACUGCCUCAUGGCCACGGCCUUCCUCUCCUACACCGGGCCCUUCCUCACGCUCUACCGGGAGAAGCUGCUCGCCAAGUGGAAGGCCACCGUGAGCAUCGGCCCUCGUAGAGCGAGCGCUGCCUUGCCGUGUAGAAGCUGCAAUGCAGCGCUAGCUUGGGACGCGAACGGUUUGCAGGUGAACGAGUUCGAGAUCCCGACGACGGAGGAGUUCUCGGCGGCCAAGUUCCUCACGGACCAGACGACGAUCCGCGAGUGGAACAUCCAGGGGCUGCCGUCGGACGACUUCAGCACGGAGAACGGCAUCAUCGUGACGCGCUGCAGUCGCUGGCCGCUGCUCAUCGACCCGCAGUGCCAGGGCAUGAAGUGGAUCAAGAACAUGGAGGCCGACAACGAUCUUGCUGUAAUUGACUUAGGUCAGGCAGACUUCAUGAAAGUUUUGGAACAUUCAAUUCAAUACGGAAAACCAGUUCUAUUACAAAAUAUUUUGGAAGCUUUGGAUCCCUCUUUAACUCCAAUUCUUAAUAAGGCGGUCGUGAAGCAAGGAGGACAGAACUUAAUAAAACUGUCUGAUAAAUUUGUGGAAUAUAACUUUGAUUUUCGCCUGUUUAUCACAACGAAAAUGAGCAAUCCGCAUUAUCCACCGGAAAUAUGCACAAAAACAACUCUUGUAAAUUUUGCGGUCAAAGAACAAGCUGCUGGGAAUUGUUGUGAGGAAAGAGAAGCCUCAGCUGGAGGAGCUCAAGGAGAAACUAGUGCUCAACAUCGCUGCUGGCCGCCGCACUCUGAUGGAAAUGGAGGACCUGCUGCUAAGGGAUAUCGGCCUUGUGCAAAGAGAGCCUCCAUUCUCUUCUUUGUACUCAAUGAUAUGUCUCUUAUUGAUCCAAUGUAUCAGUUUUCAUUAGAUGUGUACAUUGAUCUUUUCGUGCUCUCAAUUGCAAAGAGUAAAAAGUCAGAUGAUUUGGAAGAACGUAUUGGCCUACUUAAUAAUCAUCAUACUUAUGCAGUGUACACGAAUACUUGUCGUGGAUUAUUUGAGCGUCACAAAAUGCUAUUUUCAUUUCACAUGUGCAUUAAAAUAUUGGAAGGAAUGAACAAAGUCAACAAGACUGAAUACAACUUCCUUCUGAAGGGAGGCUGGCUUUCAGACACAGCGUGGGAUAACAUAACUGAGCUCGACAAGAUCGCUGGCUUUCACGGCGUAGUCAACACUUUCGAGGAACAUCCUACUGAAUGGCGUGAAUGGUACAUAGACAAGCAACCUGAAGAGCUUCCUUUAAUUGGUGAAUGGGAAGAUAUCUGCACUGAAUUUCAAAAGAUGUUGUUCGUGCGUUCAUUGCGACCAGAUCGCAUAUCCUUUUGUGUGUCAGCUUUUAUUGUGAAUAAUCUCGGCCAGCCGUUUGUGGAACCGCCUGUUUUAGAUAUAAAAGCGGUCUUUGACGACUCGAAUCCAAAAACGCCGCUAAUCUUCGUUCUUUCGCCAGGAGUAGAUCCAACUGGGAAUUUGUUGCAGCUGGCAGAAACAUUGGGAAUGAGUGAUCGAUUCCAGUCCCUGUCCUUGGGUCAAGGACAAGCUCCAAUCGCAACAAAGUUCGUAUUUGAAAGAUUUGCGUGCUAUGAAAUACAGUAG